AUGGUUCUCGUUACCAAGUCCAUCGCCCUUUUGGCAGCCGCUCUCCUUUCUUCUGGUAUUCUCGCCCACCCCGGUCACGAUGUCAAAGCCGAAGUCGCUCAGCGCGCGGCAUACAUGGCAACAGCUGAGCGUCGCUCUCUUUCCCACUGCGCUGAGAAACUGAAGGAGCGCGGCAUCGAGCAACGCUCCAUCGCCCGCCGCCAGGCUACCGUCGAGAAACUGCGCAAGAAGCGAUCGCUAGAAGUCCGUGACUUCCGCCAGGCGCUCAACACGUCCCAUCAGUCAACUCAGAACUACACCUCCCAGACUCCAGCUGAUGUUCUCUUUGCCGGGAACAACUCUUGCAUUCUGUCUCCGGAGGUUACCGAAGGGCCGUACUAUGUGACCGGCGAACUUAUUCGCCAGAAUGUGAUUGAGGAUGAGCCUGGUGUUGCACUUACUUAUGAGGUUCAAGUCAUCGACGUGAACACUUGCGAACCGUUGACGGGCGUCAUGUUAGAGAUGUGGCACUGCAACAGCACAGGUGUUUACGGUGGCAUCGCUGGUGGAAACGCGGGCGGUGUUUCCGACGAGCGUGAGCUGAACAACACCAUGCUGCGAGGUAUUCAGCCCAGCAAGGAAGAGGGCGUUGUCAUCUUCGACACUGUCUUCCCUGGACAUUAUAUGGGCCGAACCCCUCACAUUCACGUCAUGGCUCACCUGAACGCCACCACUCUCCCUAACGGCACGAUUACCGGUGGAACCAUCUCGCACGUCGGCCAAGUCUUCUUCGACCAGUCCCUUAUCUCCGCCGUCGAAAAGACACAACCUUACAGCACCAACACCCAGCCCCUGACCACGAACGAGCAAGACUUCAUCAUGGCACAAGAAGCUGAGACAACCGACCCCAUCAUGCACUAUACAAUGCUGGGCUCUCAGAUGGAGGACGGCCUCUUCGGCUGGAUUGCGUUCGGGGUCGACCCCAAGGCCAACCACACUGUCAUGGCAGCUGCGAACUAUGGGAAAGACGGCGGAAAGGCGAACUCGAACCCAGGGUUCCCCGGAGGCCCCGGAGGACCGUUCCCCACCGGAGGAUUUCCCCCAGGGUUUAGUGGCUUCCCCGGUGGCUUUCCGUCGGGCUUCCCGAUGCCCUCUGGCUUCCCGAUGCCUACCAACCUCCCCCGCCCAAGUGCGACGGGAAGUGCGGGACCCGCGGCAUAG